UUUUGUUGCACUAUUAAUGUAAAAAGGUAGGAUUUCUAUAAAAAAUUCGUCUGCAGUAGAAAACCAAAUCCGUUUCAAGUCUCAAAUACUCCCAAUACAAUAUAAUUUUUUGUAAAAUUGGCUGAAGUUAUUAUAAUGGCACUAAAGGGAAUUAAAGUUAUUGAAAUGGCAGGAUUGGCCCCUGCACCUUUUUGUGGAAUGAUUCUAAGUGAUUUUGGUGCAGAUGUCAUCAGAGUAGACAAGGCCAAUGCACCGCCAUUAGAUCGACAAGGAAGAGGAAAGCGAUCUAUUGCCUUGAAUCUUAAAUCCCCUGAAGGAAUCGCCGUCGUCCAUAGGUUAUGCUCUGAAGCCGAUGUCCUUAUUGAGCCGUUCAGACCAGGGGUUAUGGAAAAACUUGGUCUUGGUCCGUCAACUUUACUUAGCCAAAAUCCACGUUUGAUAUAUGCCCGACUUACCGGAUUUGGGCAGAGUGGACCGUACUCUCUUAUGGCAGGGCAUGACAUAAAUUACGUUGCUUUGACCGGACUGCUUUCACUUCUCGGAAGACAUGGCAGUAAUCCGAUUCCGCCACAGAACUUGUUAGCUGAUUUUGCUGGGGGUGGCUUACUUUGUGCAAUGGGUAUAGCCAUGGCAUUAUUUGAAAGAGAGAGGUCAAAUAUGGGCCAAAUAAUUGAUGCAUCCAUGGUUGAGGGAGCAGCUUAUGUUGGGUCUUGGAUCUUCAAGUCGCAAGAUAUGCCUGUAUGGAGUGGGGUUCGCGGAAAGAGUUGGUUCGAUGGAGGCCUUCAUUACUACGAAACGUACAAAACAAAAGAUGAUAAAUACAUGACUGUUGGAGCUUUGGAACCUCAGUUCUAUCAAGAGUUAAUCAACCAGUUGGCUAAUGCUGGAGUCGAAAAUGUCCCCGACCAGUUUCCUAAUGACCUAGAAGUGGCGAAUAAUCAAAUGGCCAGCAUUUUCUUACAGAAAACUCAGGCGGAAUGGCAAGCCAUCUUUGAUCAAACUGACGCGUGCGUUACACCGGUAUUGGGUCUAGGCGAUGCCCCUCUUCAUCAGCAUAAUGCAUUUCGAGGCAGUUUUAUUCGCAACGCGAAAGGCAAGUAUGAUCCGGCACCCGCCCCUCGUCUUAGUCGUACACCGGCUCUUGAUCUAGGUAAUAUAGAAGAGCCAUCAAUUGGCGAGAAUAGUAGGGAAGUACUCGUGGAAAUGGGUUACAAAACAGAAGAAAUAGAGCAACUUAUUCAAGAUAAAGUGGUUCAUCAAGUUAAUAGCAGGGCCAAGUUGUAAACAAACCAAAUGCUAAUUUCCAUGGAUUUAUUACAGAAAAGAAAAUAUAUAUUUGUACGCAAAAA